AUGGCAGACGGUCAAACGAAGCUCGCACUCGCUUCUUGCCUUGCCUUUGCGGUUUUACGCCUUGUACACAAUGCUUCCAUACCCGGUGGGGUGACCAAGAUUGAGCGGGAAAAGUUGGCGAGUCACACAGAGCUUUUAGAAGGACUCAAACAGGCCGUGCGACUGGAAAACUCGCGAGAGCCCAAGCCGUCAUUCAAGUUUGUUUACUUGCCGUACACGCUCGACGCGUCGAGCCAAGUUGUUCAAGGAAUAAUGUACCGCGCGAACGUAAAGAUUGCGCCUUCAAAUUGUUUGAAUGCUUUGAACGAGACCAGGGAAGGAAUCGAAGCGUGUGGAGUGGACUUCCUAAAGCCUGAAGUAUUAAAGCAAGAGAAAUGUUGCGCGUUUGAAAUCUGGUCGCGGCCUUGGUUAGCGGGACAAGAACGCUUAGUGGUUCAAAAAGCGGAAUGUACACCGUCUUUUACAGCAGGACAAGCACAGUCUGGUCACUUCCGUGUGACGAUGAAGCUUAGUGUUUAUCCUGUGUGUAACUUACACAAAGAGUUGGCGACACUUUACCGACUUCGGCAGUUGUUUGUCAAAGAUUUGCAGGCUCGAUUAAAAGUGACCAACGCGGACACGGACGCAGAGGAGGAAGGGGGAAGUCAAGCACAAAAACAAAAGAUUGCUUUUUUAGAGAAUAAUUUGGACCAGCUAACGAAGGUCCAUAAACAACUCGUUAGAGAUAAUGCCGACCUGAGGUGCGAACUGCCCAAGCUAGAGAAGCGCCUGCGAGCAACGCAAGAGCGGGUGAAGUCAUUGGAGCAGGCUCUGAAAGAGGCCAAGGAAGGCGCGCAGAGGGACCGGGCACGAUAUCAGAAGGAAGUGGAGAGAAUUCGGGAAUCCAUGAGGCAGAAACAGGCGGCUGCUAGGAAGGGUGCCCAAGGACAUAUCGCCAAACCUAUCCGCCCUGGCCAGCAGCCAACAUCACCCAGUGUCCGUCCCAGCAGCAGUUCCGGCAUUGGUAGUGCCUUAUUGGGUAUGACACGUCUGGCUGGCGGAGCAGUCAUGGGUUCCAACGUUCCCAACAGUCCCAGCACGCCCAGUAUACCCAGCUCGCCCAAUGGUGCCACCAUAGUGACGCCCGUAAUUCGUGGCGGGAAAGGCUCGGAACCCGUGGUGACGUAUAGCAAGAGGAUACGAAACGCAGUUAGUACGGAGUCUCUUAAUCGCCCCUUGCCACAGGGGAGUCCUAGUUUGAAUGGCGCCCAUUCCUCGCCAGAUUACGAGAAAAGGCGCGGUUCAGCAGCUUCAACUGGCGCGGUUACUCACUCCUCCAAUGCGCACAUGCGCGGUGCGGCCAGCGUGGACCGCCUCAACUUAAUGGGUGAAGGGAAUUCUGGACGAAAAUUGCCGUCGAUGCCGGACUCAGUGCAACGGUCACCGUUGAAAAUUUCAGGUCGUGAAGGAGAAAUAGCAGCUCUGAAGAGGAGUAGCAGACGGUCAGCGUCAUCACACAAUUUAGUGAAUAAUGCAGAUGGUGGGCCAUGGGAGAUGAGGAAACAAUCAGCCUCUUAAAGUCUAAAUGUCUGGCACAAGACAUGUCAUAUGGCGUGGCGGAUGUGAAUUGAUUUCUUCUAUUGCGUUACGCGUGACUUAUGUGAAGUCAUAAAAAUAACUGCUAGCCAAAUGUGCCUCGUCAGGCCAACUGCUGUUAGUGAUCUAGUUAUUGACAUUGUUUAUUUCAUGACACACAACUCGACGUUAGGAGAAUGCGAAAAGAGAUCGAAAACACAAGUAUUUACAACUGGUUUUUGGAUAACCAGAAACGCAUGAUCUAGCACAGGAAAAAGUUGGUGGGGGAGGUGGGAAAAUAUCCCAGGGGGGAUAUCCAAAGUAUGUUAUCCCUGGGGAGGCUUCUCUAUAUACCUUAUUGUGUAGAAAGAUGUUUAUUUUUAUCCCUAAAAUGAUACUUCCCUGAACCCGCAGGAAGUAUCCUCAGUGUGUUAUCCCUGGGGGACUUUUAUAUAUCCUCCUUGGGAUUUUUCCAGAGGCGUCGGUAGAGGAAUAGGGCUUAUUUCGGGAUAAAUUCCAGAUAGACAAAAAUUGGUGUCGUGCAAAAUGAAGCAUUUAUAUUUUGUGUACUUUGAGUCCUAUUUAAACCGUUACUAAGUUUCUUCCACUGGACUGAAAAACAUUUUAGCGUAUCGGUAUAAUUUCGAUUUGUUUUACUUCUAAUCUUUUUAACUUCAUUAUCUGUAAAUAAUGUUGUUCUACCAUCUUUUUUCUUUGUUUGCUCUAUCCGUUUCAAAUAGCAGAGGGGUUAGUUAGCGUCAUAUGGCUUUGAAAAACUGUAACUUUUAUUUAGACCUGGGCUGAAAAAUUUGCUUUUUACGUUACAGGUCGUUUACGAUUUACUUUAUCCAUAAUGAAGCCUGCGUUUGGUUUUGGCCCGACUGGAAACAUUUCCGAGAGAAACGAAAUUUUCUCAUCUAUUCCAACCGAUUUUCCAACAGGAUUGGCCGACCAGAAUGGUCUGACACAAAACUUGAUCACAAAGUGUUUUUUGUUGUUGUUGUUGGUUUUUUUUUUGAAUGAAUUUAAACUAAAUGUCUUCCCUCUGAACCUAACAAGCGUUUAAUACCAGAUGUUGUUAAUAACGAUGACUUAUUACUGUGACGUAUACGCUUCUCGACAAGCAGCCUUGAUCCCAGACUCUCUCCUUUUCCUCCCUUGUCGUUGGCAAAGGCGAGAGAGCCUGGGAACGAGGGUGCUCGACAAGGAACAACUGCGUUUGUUGUGAACUGAUUAUGACACAAAGUAAAUGGUAAACAACCUGUAUGGUUCUCUUCAAUGAAGGCUUUCCCAAAUUUACAGCAUGCUGCACUUUGCUAACGUACUGUUCAACCGAUUUGAUGUACUUAUUUUGUUAAACGAAGCUGGUGCUUUUCAAGUUUGUGCCGAUAGCAAACUUUUGUUAUUUUUUUUCGCUUUGUCGCUUGUUUUUUUUGUCAUCAGGAAAAUCUUCACUAGUGCAGAAAUUUCAAAGCCAAAGCUAGUAACAAUAGAGUUAACAAACCCAGGGCAAAUUUUAUUUAUUACUUGGAAGGUGUAGGUCGUAUCUUCCGAGAAAUAGCGAAGAUUGUCCGAGAAAUUGCCGAGGAUUUCCGAAAGAUAUCACGUGGUCCUUUCGGUGUCCGAAGGUCUAGUAACGUGAAAAUUUAUUUUAAAACGUAGAACAUUUUAUCGCUGUUAGUUUACGGAGGAGUUUGCCAGAACGGUGUGCGUCCAGCUGGGAACAUUUUGGCGGUAAUUAGGAACGCGCGGCUAAAUGAAGUAGAUAAAUUUAAUUGUUACAAGAGUCUAUUUUUAAAUUUAGGUGUCUACAACAUUGAGAGGGUCGGUUUGACAGCCUAGGUGGGACAUACUGCAUGUAAACUGAGCCCGGGAGCUUUUUUAUUGUUAUUAUUUGAGCUUUUCUCGACUGAACUGCUGUUUAAGACGAUGUGACGUUAAUUAAAUUCAGUAGUUUCGAGAAGACAAUAAAAACCGACUCGCAAAAAAAA